AUAAAACUCUCUUCCACCGAUAGGGUUUACCUAAAAAGCGGCAGAGAAAGGGCGGGAGAAAGAGAGAGAGAAAGCGAGGGCGCGGGAACAACAACAGAGUAAGAGUGAGAGAGAAGGAGUAGGGUUCCUGACGAAGAAUCAGGCGUAGCGACAGUCUAUAUUCGUCGAUCUGACAAACGGUUUCCGAUUCAAUAAAGGAUUUUGUUUUUGACGGUGCUGGUUUUAUUUUUCCCAGUGAUUGGGUGCUAGGGUUUCUACUUCUGGAUACGGAUCUCGAGCUAGAGUAUUGGAUGGAUCCAGCAAAAAGCAUGGAGGGCGUGAAGUCUGAUGUUGCUGAUGCACCGGGCAAUUCCUCUUCUAAUGACAGAGAGAUGGAUACUGCUGAAGCGCGAUUCACAGAAUUAUGCAAGAGUGGAUUUUCCUUGGACGACAACACUUGCUCUCAAGCUUUGAAGCUAUUCAAGGAAACUGAGAAAAUUUUGUCUAACAUGUCAGCCAUUGGAAAUGGAACGCCCGAGGAAGCAGAGCGAUUUUGGUUUGCAUCUGUUUUGUACUCGGUGAAGAGGUUACGUGAAAAGAAUGAAGAUAAUGCUCAGCAAGGAGCUGAUUGUAGUGGUUAUAACUUGUGCCAAAUAUUAAGAGUUUCAAAGCUUAGCCUUGUGGAUUUCUUGAAGGAGUUACCUCAGUUUGUCCUCAGGGCAGGUCCCUUCUUAAGUAAUAUGUAUGGUGCAGACUGGGAGAGCAGACUUGAGGCAAAAGAGUUGCAGGCCAACUUUGUGCACUUGAACAUUUUAAGCAGGCACUACAAGCGGGCAUAUCGAGAAUUCUUCUUGACAAGUGAUGCAAAGGACGAUGGGCAGGCAACUGUUGGCAGCUUGACUGGGAAUGUGUCUGAUUACCAUCGUUUUGGGUGGUUACUGUUUUUGGCGCUUCGUAUACAUGCGUUCAGCCGCGUCAAAGAUCUAGUAACUUGCACAAAUGGUUUGGUUUCCAUACUGGCUAUUUUGAUCAUACAUGUUCCUGUUCGCUUCAGAAAUUUUAACAUCCAUGAAUUUCCGAAAUUUGUUAAGAAAGAUGACAAAGAUGUUGACUUGCUAGCAUCCCUUUGCAACAUCUAUGAAACCUCAGAAGAUGACUUGAGGAAAAUGAUGGAGAUGGCCAAUAACUUAAUAGCAGAUAUACUGAAGAAGACACCCCUUAAUGCUUCUGAGUGCAAAACCGAAAACUUGGAAAAUAUUGUUACAGAUGGCCUGAUCUAUUUUGAAGAUCUAAUGGAGGAAUCAUCUUUGUCAUCCAGUUUAAAUAUUUUGGAAAAGGAUUAUGAUGAUGCAAUCCUUAACAAGGGUGAACUGGAUGAGAGAAUUUUUAUUAGUGAGGAGGACAGUCUGCUUGGUUCAGGGACCUCGUCUAGUGGUACUGUGAAUAGUGGUGGUGCUAAGAGAAAGUAUGAUUCAAUAACCUCACCAGCAAAGACAAUAACAAGUCCACUCUCUCCCCAUCGCUCUCCGGCAUCUCAUGCAAAUGGAAUUCUUAGUGGUGCAAACUCGAAGUUGGCAGCCACGCCUGUAAGCACGGCAAUGACAACUGCUAAGUGGCUCCGGACCAUCAUUUCUCCACUUCCGCCAAAACCAUCUGCAGAGCUGGAAUGCUUCCUGGCCUCAUGUGAUAAGGAUGUCACUAAUGAUGUUAUGUGCAGGGCAAAUAUGAUACUGGAAGCUAUAUUUCCUAGUAGUGCUUUAGGAGAGCGUUGUGUGACUGGGAGCUUGCAAAGUGCAAACCUGAUGGACAAUAUAUGGGCAGAGCAGCGAAGACUGGAAGCACUGAAAUUGUAUUACAGGGUUUUGGAAACCAUGUGCAAAGCAGAGGCCCAAAUAUUGCAUGCAACAAAUUUAACCUCUUUAUUAACCAAUGAGAGGUUUCACAGAUGCAUGCUCGCCUGUUCUGCAGAACUAGUUUUGGCAACACAUAAGACUGUCACAAUGUUGUUUCCUGCAGUUUUGGAUAGAACUGGCAUAACAGCUUUUGAUCUUAGCAAGGUCAUUGAGAGUUUCAUUAGACAUGAGGAAUCUCUCCCUAGAGAAUUGAGGCGGCAUCUCAAUUCAUUGGAAGAGCGGCUUUUGGAGAGCAUGGUAUGGGAAAAGGGCUCGUCAAUGUACAACUCCUUGACGGUUGCAAAGCCAUCCCUCUCUGCAGAGAUAAAUCAUCUUGGUUUAUUAGCUGAACCAAUGCCAUCUUUGGAUGCUAUUGCUAUGCAUAUUAACUUUUCUUCAGGAGGGUUGCCUGCUGUGCCUUCUUUUCAAAAGGAUGAAACUUGUCCAGGUCAGAAUGGGGAUAUUAGGUCCCCAAAGAGGCUGUGCACCGACUACCGGAGUGUGUUAGUAGAGCGGAAUUCCUUCACAUCACCUGUGAAGGAUCGCUUGCUGGCUUUCAGUAACCUCAAAUCAAAGCUACCUCCUUUGCAGUCUGCAUUUGCGAGUCCCACACGACCAAGCCCAAGUGGAGGAGGUGAAACUUGUGCCGAAACAGGGAUCAAUAUAUUCUUUAGCAAGAUUAAUAAGUUGGCUGCUGUCAGAAUAAAUGGUAUGGUGGAAAGGCUACAACUGUCUCCGCAGAUUAGGGAAAGUGUCUAUUGUCUUUUUCAACAGAUACUUGGUCGGCAAACGUCUCUUUUCUUUAACCGCCAUAUUGAUCAGAUCAUCCUUUGCUGCUUUUAUGGCGUUGCGAAGAUUAAUCAACUGAACCUGACCUUUAGGGAGAUAAUCUACAACUAUAGGAAGCAACCACAAUGUAAACCACAAGUUUUUCGCAGUGUGUUUGUUGAUUGGUCAUCUGCUCGUCACAAUGGUAGAAAAGGGCAGGAUCAUGUUGAUAUUAUUACAUUUUACAAUGAAAUAUUCAUUCCUAGUGUGAAGCCUCUGGUAGUGGAGAUUGGUCCUGUUGGGGCAGCAUCGAAAAUUAGCCGUGUUCCUGAAAUCAAUAAUACUAAUGAUGGCCAUUGUCCUGGGUCGCCUAAAGUAUCUUCUUUUCCAAGUCUCCCAGACAUGUCCCCCAAAAAAGUAUCUGCGACGCAAAAUGUGUAUGUCUCUCCGUUGCGGACAUCUAAGAUGGAUGCUUUAAUCUCUCACAGUUCAAAAAGUUAUUAUGCAUGUGUGGGAGAGAGUACCCAUGCUUACCAGAGUCCUUCAAAGGACUUGACUGCUAUCAAUAACCGCUUGAAUGGUAACCGGAAGAUCAGGGGCAUGCUCAAUUUUGACGGUGCUGAUGUUGGCUUAGUUAGUGAUUCUAUGGUGGCCAACAGCCUUUACCUUCAAAACGGGAGUUGUGCAUCUUCAUCGGGUGCACCCGUGAAGACUGAGAAACCUGACUCAUGAUGCAGAGAUGUGCUAAGAGUAUCUGUGGUUUGCUGGAAGAAAAUCAUGUGCUUGGUCGCCUCGGACUGGGUUUGCAUAUAUCAGUGACCAUACAACAGUUGAGAAUCAGAUGAUAAAUUUGGGUAUUGCUAGAUUGAAGUUAAAAGAAGACGAUCUUCAAAGAAAGAAUAUAAACAGUUCAAAGAAAACGAAGCUGGAUCUUGUGGUGGCUUAAUUGGAAUAGUGGAAUUACAAACUGAAAAUUUGGUAAGCAUGAAGUAGCGUGUGCAUUAACAUUUAACGGUAUGGUGGAUUCAGUACCUGUGGUUCAGUCCAAGAUCAAGCGGUUGUCUCAUGGGCCCAAUGAACAACUUGUAUGGACAAAAUCAUUGCAAUAAAGUUGGCCCAUCGUCUUAGGUCUUGGUUGUUUUUCUUUUGAUACAUGAGAAUGUAUGAGAUGAGACUCGGCACUUCCA